AUGCAGGUGACGUCCACAGUCGCUUGGUGCAUCAAGAACCCGACGCUGGCUGCUACAAUGGGCGCCGAGACGAUGGUGGUUGGAUCCCAGCGUCUCUCUUCUGAGAUCCCGAAAUUGCAUCAGGACAUGCUUAAACAAGCCACUGCGUCCUUGGCAAGUUUCAUCCGUGGCGUCAACUAUUCCGACAGCUUCCACAUGGCCACGAGUGAUCAGGGUAGAAAAGCACGUGCACCUGCUGGAGGCCGAGAUGAGCCGGUGUUUGAAGAUAAGACGAGCAAGACCAUGGACAAUUCGCUGUACGACGUCAGCCGGAUGAACGAAUCCGUGGCACACGCGAUCGUGACGGCCAUGACGUACGGCGUGGAGAUAUUUUUCAUCAACGUUCUCUCGGCGGUCCCGCUCGACGUCGAGCGCACGAAGCCGCUGGCCUGCGGCGCGGUGGCGAGCGCCCAGGCUUUGCAGGCGGAAGCGGCCGCCAGGGGUAACGCCAAGGCGAUGAAGCUCGGCGCGACGGCGACCGCGGACAGGGCGCAGAUCGAGGCGCAGGGCCAGGCCCUGGCCGGAGGGCAAAAAGGACGCAGCGAGCAUGCUGCCAACGAACUCUGUGGCCGUCGACUUGGCCUGGACGGAUAA